CGGCGCCAAAACGUUCGGAAGCACAACGAGAAUCGGUCGUGGUCGUUGGAAGAGUCGCUCGAGAAAAAAAAAGAUCGCGAACUCGGCGCCAAAAUCAAAUUUUGUGACAGCAAAAAAAAAUUGUGACUAUGUAUAGUGACUAUCCGGAAACAAGUGUAUAGUGAUUUUACGGAUUAUUAUUAUUAUUUUUUUUUUAAAAUUGGAUUUUAUGGAAAGCCUACUUUAGGGAAUGGAACCACUACCAACCAAUAUACUGUCAUUCCUGAAAAAUAAUAUAUAAAAAAUACUUGAUUGAAAAAAAAAAAACAAGAAUCAAAAUGGUUGAUAUACGUAUGGAGCCACCCCCAACUCCAACGCCGAAAAAAUCCAAAGGCAUAUCCAUGACGAUGGUGAAAAAUUGGUUGAUGAUGUCCGACACGAAGAAACCAGUGGAACCGCCGAAGUUUCAAAAAAUGCCAGACAAUUUUUUGAGGAGUUUGAGGAGGCGAUCGUUAAGGGUGAAGAGGAGCAAGAGUUUUGUGCUGCCUGAGAAACGGAAAAGCGAUUCCUUCGUCAACUCUCAAGAAUGGACCCUAUCCAGAGCUGUUCCUGACUUGCGCCUAGGUAUAGUGGGCUCUCUGAGUUCCGGCAAAUCGGCGCUGGUACAUCGGUAUUUGACCGGUUCCUAUAUGCAAGAAGAAUCCCCUGAAGGAGGCAGAUUCAAGAAGGAAAUCCUAGUGGACAAUCAAAGUUACUUGUUGCUGAUUAGGGAUGAGGGUGGUCCACCUGAACUACAGUUUACCGCUUGGGUGGAUGCAGUCAUCUUCGUGUUCAGUCUCGAAAACGAAUCUUCAUUUAAUGCAAUCUACAACUACUACACGAAAAUGUCGCAUUACAGGAACUCAGCUGAGAUUCCACUGAUACUUGUUGGAACUCAAGAUGCAAUCAGCGAAAACAAUCCGAGAGUAAUCGACGAUUCGAGGGCGAGGAAAUUAGCGACCGAUUUGAAGAGGUGUUCGUACUACGAAACCUGCGCCACCUACGGACUCAACGUUGAACGGGUGUUUCAAGACGCUUGUCAAAAAAUCGUGCAACAACGCCUCACUCAGUCAACAAUUUGCUUGACUCCGACAAAUUCGCGCCCAUCGACGCCCAAUAGUCACUAUCAUCCUUCAGUAGUGCAACGCCAUCUUCAGGCUAACAACGGGUUCGUGCAAAUGGAGCGACCAACUGUGCAUAUGUCUCCUGGACAUCAUACUUUACCCCAUAAUAAAGUGGUACAGGAUAGUCAAGUGAUGCAAGAAUUGCGCCAACACAUAGUACAAAAACCGACACAUCAAAGUUCCCAAUCGGACAAGGAUAGCAGUAGUUACAAGUCAACAGAGGAAGAAAGAAAAUGGAACUCUUCAUCUUCAACGUUAGCUAGUAUCAAUUCCUCUCAAGGCGUCAUUGCAGUCACCACAGAAAAUAAUAACGUGGCCAAGUUUGCUGCGCCACAUUCCUUGGAUAAUCUUCAAACUGCUCAACAGCAACAAAAUAACUCAAAAGAUCUCAAGGAUUUACCCACUCCCAACUCAACGCCCACUACCUCAAGAAAAAAUAGACGACGGUCAAAUUUGUUUACUCCAUCCAAAAAUGAGAAGCUCAAGAACGGCGGAGAUUUUGGUAGUGGUCGAGCUAUACCUUUGAAACAAGGCUACCUCUAUAAAAAAUCUAGUAAACCCCUCAACAAAGAAUGGAAAAAGAAAUACGUAACUCUCUGUGAUGAUGGAAGAUUGACUUAUCAUCCAAGCCUGCACGAUUACAUGGACGACGUCCAUGGAAAGGAGAUUUCCUUGCAAUACGUAACUGUGAAAGUGCCUGGCCAAAAACCUAGGGGAUCCAAGUCUAUCGUAACAGUUGCUGGCCACGGUUAUGGAGGAAAUGGAUCUGCUCUGCAUGAAAAUUUGGGCGGUUUGUCGCUAAUGGCUAAAGAUAAACGCCCAACCGAGAAAGUACUGAUGACAGCAUUUGAAACCGUAAAAGAUCCAAGUUUCAAAUACUCUCAACAGAGCGGCGAUGAAGGAAUGACUUUGUCUAGUAGCAACUCUUUUCUUAAUGGGGAAAUAGGCAAAACGGAGACACCUAAUGUCAAAAAGAGACAUCGGAGAGUUAAAAGUAGUGGUGUUAAAAAUUCUGAAUAUGAUGACGCUGACGGUUAUGAAUUCUACAUAGUCUCGCUCGAAGGUAAACAAUGGAAUUUUGACGCUUCUUCAGUAGAAGAAAGAGACGAAUGGGUGGCAGCUAUCGAACAACAAAUCCUCAAUUCGCUACAGCUUAACGAAUCUUCGAAAGCAAAGAGCAAUCCCAGCGAAGCGGCCUCCAUACAGUCCAUCAAGAACAGGGUACCUGGUAACGGAUCUUGUGUGGAUUGUGACGCACCAAAUCCGGACUGGGCCAGUUUAAAUUUAGGUGUUUUAAUGUGUAUAGAAUGUUCGGGAAUACAUAGGAACUUGGGUUCACACAUUUCAAGAGUUAGAUCUUUGGAUUUGGACGAAUGGCCUCCUGGGAAUCAAAGUGUAAUGUUGGCAAUUGGUAACACACUAGCGAAUUCCGUAUGGGAGUGUCAAACUUAUAAUAGGAUAAAACCUAUACCAACCUCCAGUCGAGAAGAAAAGGAAAGAUGGAUACGAUCCAAAUACGAACACAAGGAAUUCCUGCCGCCGCCCAAUAAUACUAUGCCUCUCGGACAGCAACUAAUCGACGCUGUCUGUAGCUCCAAUAUCAAGUCCAUUAUUCACGUGUUGGGUUUGGCGAAUACGCAACAAGUUAAUACCACUGUGGGACCUAGAGAUUUAAGGACGCCACUUCAUUUGGCUUGCGCGAUGGGCAAUUUGCCAGUGGCGCAACUACUUAUUUGGCAUCACGCAGACGUGAAAGCUGUGGACCAAGAUGGCCGUACUUGUCUGGCUUAUGCCAAAGCGGCAGCUAACAUAGCGGCUGCCAAGUGCUCGGCAGUGAAAAGUCACAACCUUGACUUAUCUGCGGCAAAUAGCAGAAGCUUGGUGGACUUGUUACUCAGCUAUGGAUGCCCAGAGAUGGCAACUGUGGCGAUAAGCGGCACUAUUCCGAGACGAAGAGGCAGUCAAACUCAACAGUAUGAAAAACUACCUUCCAGUGUUAUUUAACAAUUAGAGCAAUUUCAUUUCGAUCCAUUUUAAUUGAACUUUAGGGUUAUCUGUGUGUGUGAUGUGGUUAAAUCAGUAGCUGAAAAUAUUAAGUCAAAUGCACUUAGACCAAAUUUUGAAAUAUCCACUUUGCAUCACAAUAACCACCCGUCGAUGUAACCCUUUCUGACUGAAUAGAAUAAAAAUCGUAAACGUGUAAUUGAGUGUGUUAUGGACCAUGGCACAUUUUUUUUUGUGUUAGCAGGCACCUUUUCCAAAUUAGUUGGAAACUGAAGUUGCCUCUUUAAUUUUAUACAAUAUUUUGACAUUUAUUAAUAAAUGUGCAAUUUCUUUUUUUGAGUUUUUGACCAAUUGAUUUUAUAUUUAAUAAGAAAAAAAACUAUUUUAUUAUUGUUCCGUCCCAUUCAAAGUAAACCUUUAAACAAACAAACAAAAAAUUGGCAAUGGUCCCAGUCGUAUGUUUACUAUCUAUCAGCUGUGUACAAUCAUUCAAGACUUUUUCCUAAUACUCACGAGUAAUUGUUGUUAUGUGGCACUUUUGUACUUAAACAAGGAACAAUUUCGUUUAGAUCUUUUGAUAGCAACACAUCAAUAAGUGAAAUUGAAAUUUGUGGAAAGUGAUGUUCAAGAUUUAAAUAAAUCGUUCCAAACCCUUGAGUGUUUCAUAGGGGAUUUUGCACUGAUUCACGGUUAUUAGUUAAUUGUUUUUCAGUCACGCAUAGUUGUGAAAAUAUUGUUAAUUGUACCUAUAAUUUAUUUAAGUUUCUGCUUUGUGUGGUAAUUUAAAAAAAUUUGAUUCAGUUUUUUCAAAUGUGCGUCAUAAUAAUGUGAAAAUAAUGUAGCUCAAUAUUUAAAACUCUGUCUCAAGUUUUCACUACCCUUGCUUCUGUAAUGUAAUGCUUUUUGUGGGUUUAUUUUCAAGGCAGAUAUUUUGAAUUUUCUUUUUUAUACAUUUGACUUCUGGAUUAAAACAAAAACUCCUCGAAAAUGGGUAAUUGAAUUAGUUGGCUUUGGUCAAUUUUUUUUUCAAAUAUCCGCCCCUCAUUUAGCAUAUUACAUACCUACUUGUAUUUCAUCUGUGGUAAAUAUUAUUUACUAAUAUUUUUUUGUUAUGUUUAUUGGUUACUUUUAUUAUUAUAAUUUUUCUUUGUAUAUAUUUUCGCCAAAGAAUUUGUAUGUAUUAUUGUUUUGUAUAUAUGGCUAAAUUUAUGUACAGAAAUUUAUAUAUGUUGUUCUUCCCUAAAAAAAUAAACAAGUGAAAACAUAAAA